CCACAAUUCAAGGCUGACCCGCUAAAACUUGCAUCCUGCAACUCGUUCAACGAUUUCACGCGACAGCGGCCGGCCUACCUUAGCUCACCUACACGUACCGCGCUCGACCCCAUAUAUCCUUGGGCUCCGCAAACUCGUCGCGCCAUUAGCGCCUCACACGGCCAUCACCAUGGCGCCGCCAACGGGAAAGCGAGUUAAAGGCGUGCAAAUAUUCCGCCCCUUCGUCUACGGCACGACGGCGAAACCAUUCGACGAAAAGACCAACCCCAAACCCCCGGGCGUCCCCGACGACCACACCCACUCCUGGACCGUCUUCGUCAAGGGCAUCGACGAUGUCGACAUUACCUACUGGCUGCGCCGGGUGCAGUUUAAACUACACGAGUCCAUCCCCAACCACGUACGAAUGAUCGAGGGCGAGAAGGGCAAGCCGUUUGAGCUGCACGAGACGGGCUGGGGCGAGUUCGAGAUCGCCAUCAAGCUGUACUACGUGCCCGAGUCGUCCGAGAAGCCGCAGACGCUCUACCACCACCUGCGCCUGCACCCGUACGGGCGCACCGAGGAGGAGAAGGAGGACAUGCGGCUCAACGGCGGGGAGGUGAUAUCCUGGGCGUACGAGGAGCAGAUCUUCAACGAGCCGUACGAGCCCUUCUACGAGAUCCUCACGUCGGGCGCCAUGCCGCCCUCUUUUUCCUCCUCGUCGUCGGGCGGCCCGUCCGCCAAUAAGUCCGGCGCGGCCGGGUCCAAGCCCCCAUCGGGCGGCAAGUCCAAGGAGAAGGACGGCCAGGUCAAGAUGGUGCGGUCCGAGGGCGGCGUGCUCGAGCGGAGCGCCAUGAUCCCUCUAACGAACCGCCCCGGCCAGCCGUUCAGCGUGGAGACGGAGCAGGUCGAGAUCAAGAAGCUGCAGGAGGCCCUGGUCAAGGUGGAGAAGAUGCUGAGCAAGACGAAGGAGGAGGUGGCGGCCAAGGAGAAACGGUUAAAGGAGCUGAAGGAGAGUGCCGGAAAGUAGUAGCCCGGGACUUGUUGGUGGAUCAGAUUUUUU